CCGUCCGUAUCCUUCCAAUUUUAUCGCAUACUGAUGAAUGAUGAUCAUGAUUCAAUGAUAAACGAAAUUCCAGCUACGCAGUAGAACCACAAGCUUGCCACGCGCCUUGACCCAUCUCUCAAUCGUGUACGUCCACGUGUCUAACAUCCGCAGCCUCAUCAUCAAUCCAUCACAAUCUCGGUUUUUAGUAUUCCUCUCCCUCGCCUCACAAAAAACCUUCUGCAUCCUCCAACUUUCUCGCGAAGAAAACUUUCCACUGUUUUUCCAUCUGAACAGCCAAAAUGCUUCUCAAGACUGCUUCUUCUUCUUCUGCUUUCUCGCUUGUGAAUUUCCAUGGCGGCAUCAAGGAUGUUUCUCCUUUGUUAUCCUCCGUUUCGUCUCCAAUCGAUUCCUCCUCGAAUCUUCGAGUCUCUUCUGCAAAAUCUGGAAACCUUUCCUUCUCUGUUCGUGCAUCCAAGGGCUCAACCACCGAGGCUCUAAGCGGCGUCGUUUUCGAGCCGUUCGAGGAAGUGAAGAAGGAGCUCGAUCUCGUCCCAACCAGCUCUCAUCUCUCGCUCGCCCGUCAGAAAUACUCAGACGAGUGCGAAGCCGCCAUUAACGAGCAGAUCAAUGUGGAAUACAAUCUUUCGUAUGUGUAUCACGCUAUGUAUGCUUACUUCGAUCGGGAUAACGUCGCGCUCAAAGGUUUUGCCAAAUUCUUUAAGGAAUCGAGUGUGGAAGAAAGAGAGCACGCAGAGAAGUUAAUGGAGUAUCAGAACAAACGUGGUGGGAGGGUUAAGUUACAGUCAAUUGUACCGCCUCUCUCAGAGUUUGAACACGUUGAUAAAGGAGAUGCUCUGUAUGGCAUGGAGCUGGCUCUGUCACUUGAGAAACUAGUUAAUGAGAAGCUCCUAAACCUCCACAGUGUUGCUUCCAAGAACGGAGAUGUCCACUUGGCUGAUUUUAUUGAGAGCGAGUUUCUGAACGAGCAGGUGGAAGCAAUAAAGAAGAUCUCAGAAUAUGUAGCUCAGCUACGAAGACUUGGCAAAGGACACGGAACAUGGCAUUUCAAUCAGAUGCUUUUGGAAGAGUAAGCUGCUUCGAGGGACCAAGGUCUUGUACUCUUGUGUGCUUGUGUUUAACUCUAUGAAGCUCUCUAGUGAUAUAUGGAACUAGUGUAUGUUUAGUUCUGUAGCUUUUGCGAUUUUGUGGGGUAGACUUUCUAUAUUCUAAGGGUCGAAGACAUAUAUGACUUUAAUUUCUGGUAUGAGUUGUUCGAGCAGAAGUAGAUCCUACAUUUUAAAGUGUGAUCCAUUCCAAGUCUGAAAAAACAUAAAUAUUAUGAUUCCGAAACUGGUCAGUAUCAAAAUUUUAGGAUUACCAAAUGUUGAUUCGGCCCCAAUUUCGGAACAAGAAAAAAUAAAAUAAAACGC